UGUGAUGUUGGCUGAACUACUUAUCCUUUAAAUGUCAUUUUUAUCAUGAAACAUGCACUGUAUUUGAAAAUAGAAAAUUUCAGUUCUCGUCCAUUUAAUACGUUUAAUUAAAUAAAAUUUUCCUCAUGUUCUAUAUCUUUAAACGUUUACAUUUUAUACAGAUAUCAUACUCAAUUGCUAGAUACUCACAAAAUUCUCAUUCGAAACUUCUCAGUCUACUAAAAGAUAUGCCAAAAGAUCCGACCCAUAUUCUAACAGUACAGAAACAGCGCAAAAAAAUUAAAGAAAAGUUGUCCAGAUAUGUUCCAGGUAAAGUUACUUUACAGGUUCUUGGUACCGGUGCAAGAGGUGCUCCUAGAGCUUUAUAUGUAUUCUCAGACCAAAGUAGAUACCUUUUUAAUUGUGGAGAAGGCACUCAAAGACUAGCACAUGAACAUAAAAUGAAGCUGGCAAAACUAGAACACAUCUUUAUUACUCAACCAGUUUGGCAAAAUAUAGGAGGUUUACCUGGCUUAGCUUUAACAAUACAAGAUGUUGGAGUACCUGAUAUAACCCUACAUGGGCCUCCUGGAUUGGAUGAAAUAUUUUAUGCUACAAAAAGAUUUGUAGUGUUAAGAGAUUUGAAAAUUCACAUGGCUGAAUGUACAGAAGAAAAUAUUUUUGAGGAUAAUGUAAUGAUGGUAAAAUAUGUGCCUCUUACAAGGAAUGCUGAGGAUUUGGAUAAUCAUUUACUUGAAUCUUCUGAAGAAGAACCUGAAGUAGUAUUGAAAAAUACAGGAAUUGAAGCAGUGGUAGAUCAGAUGGAUGCCUCUACUUCUACAAGAAGGGAACGUAGUCGGGGGAAAAGGAGGCAUUCUAAAAGCUCGAGAAAUAAUUCAAGGUCAAAUUCUCUCGAUACUUUUGAAGACAAUAUAGAUUAUUAUGCUCAUGAACGUAAGAAAAACCGAAAACCUAAAAAUUGUUCCAGAAACCAUUCCCGAUCCCGUUCUUUGAGCAGUGAUAGUGGCUUACGUGUACCUCCAAUUCAAAACUCACUGCAUUCUAGAGAAGUACUUGAGAAAACGAAAGAAAUGGGGGUUUCCAUGGCAUAUGUUUGUAAAUUGCAACCCAGACCAGGGGCACUAAAUCUCGACAAAUGUGUACAAAUGGGGAUCACACCAGGUCCUAUUUUGGGUAAAUUAAAAGCCGGAGAAGAUGUAGUCUUAUCUAAUGGUAAUAUUGUAAGAUCCCAAGAUGUUUGUGAACCGGAUGAUCCAGGAUUAAUUUUUAUUGUGGUUGAUUGCUCUACUAUUGAUUAUUUAGAAUCUUUAAAUAAUAAUGAAACUAUAAAAAAACAUCAAAAAUAUUCGGAUGAUGAAAACGAAAUAGCAAAUUUGAUAGUUCAUUUUAGUCCAAAAGAAGUUGUUGAAGAUUCCAGGUAUCAGGAAUGGAUGGAUAAUUUUCCAGCAAGUACUACACAUUUAAUGUUAAAUGAAUGUAAUGAUUGUAUGGGCAGUGAAGCUGUACAUAGAAUUCAAUAUAAGUUAAAUUUAUUAUCUGAUAAUAUUUUUCCACUAUUAGGUGACAAAGGUACUACAGUUUUAAAGAAAAGUAAUGAGAGUGGAAGUGAUUGUAAAAAGCAAAAAAUAGGUGAUGUGCUGGAAGAUUUACAAAAUAAUUUGAACACAACAAAAUUGUCAGAAAACACAAAACCAAUUACUCCCUUGUUUAUUUGUCCAGACACCUUUUGUGCUUAUCAUCUGAGACCUAAGAAAGGUUUAGAUAAGACCAUGGAAUUGAAACUUGAUCCCGUGGAAUAUAUAGAUGAAACAUUUAAUGUGGCAGACUUCAAAAACACCCUAAGCAUAUUAAAACAAACUUUAAAGUCGAAGAAAAUAACUAACGAAGAAUUUCCGAAAAUGUUGUUUCUUGGAACAGGAUCUUGUAUACCGAAUAAAACAAGAAACACUAGUGGUAUUCUAUUAUCUUUGAAUGAAGAUCAAAACAUUCUCUUAGAUUGUGGUGAAGGAACAUAUGGUCAAAUUAUUCGAUUCUUCGGACCAGAAGCAGCUUUAAAAGUCUUAGCCAAUAUAGAUGCUAUAUAUAUCUCACAUUUACAUGCUGAUCAUCACAUAGGACUGAUUGGUGUUCUUCAAGGAAGAAAACAAGCUAUAGAAGAACUGAAAUUAGAAAAAGAUCCAUGUUUUUUGUUUGCACCCAAGCAGAUUAUGGCCUGGCUCUAUUUUUAUGAUAAAUAUUUUGAGAAUAUCAGAUCAGAGUUUGAACUCAUAGCUAAUGGAGACUUGGAUUUAAACAAUCCACUUUAUAAAGAACAAAGUAGAAUCUUAAGAAGAUUGAAUUUACAAGAUAUAAAAACAUGUCUUGUUCGACAUUGUCCCAAUGCUUUUGGUGUAUCUGUGACAAGUAAAAAUGGUGUAAAAUUGACAUAUUCUGGAGAUACAAUGCCGUCUGAGAAUCUUGUCAAAUUGGGAGAAGAUAGUGAUAUUUUAAUUCAUGAGGCAACUAUGGAAGAUGAAUUAGCACAGGAAGCGAUUAUAAAAAUGCAUUCAACUACAUCGCAAGCAAUAGAAAUAGGUAAUAGAAUGAAUGCCAAAAACAUCAUUCUUACACAUUUCAGUCAAAGAUACGCUAAAUUACCUAGGUUCAACGAUAAGUUUGGCGAUAAUGUUGGUAUAGCUUUUGACAAUAUGAAGGUCUCAUUAUCAGAUUUAUCUCUUUUACCAGAAUUAAUCCCAGCCUUAAAGUUAAUGUUUGCAGAACAUUGUGAAGAACUGGAAACUAAAGCUGUGAAAAGACAAAUGCGGAUAGAAAGAGAAAAGCAAACAAAUGAUAGUUUAAAACGAAAAGAAAUUGAGACAUAACCAAAAUUAUUUCAUAUUAAAAAUCAUUGUAAAUAAAUUUUUGCAUUAAAUGGACUAUUUUUGAAA